CUUCCGGUUGACAUGGAAAACUGAAACCUGAGUGGCAGACGAUACAAAUUCGGUAUCUGUUCACAGUUUUAUUUAUUUAAAACAGUAUCAUUACUAGAGUACUAUGGUACGUGUAGUAUUCAUACAUCCAGAUCUUGGAAUUGGAGGGGCUGAGAGAGCUGUUGUCGACGCUGCUUUAGCUUUGAAGUCGCGUGGACACGACGUUCUGUUUCUGACAGCUCAUCAUGACCCAACACACUGCUUCCAGGAAACUCGUGAUGGAACAUUGCAGGUGAUAUCUGUUGGUGAUUGGCUGCCAAGAAGUGUUUUUGGACGUAUGCAGGCACUUUUUGCCUAUCUUCGCAUGGUCUAUGUGGCAUUUUAUCUGGUAUUCGUCAGCGGGCUUCAGUUUGAUCUUAUAUUUUGCGACCAGAUCUCAGCAUGCAUACCAGUUUUAAAACUGUCAGGUUGCAAAAUACUUUUCUACUGCCAUUUUCCAGACUUGCUUUUAACUCAACGAAAUACGUGGUUAAAAUGGAUAUAUCGAGCCCCUUUAGACUGGAUGGAAGAAAAAACAACUGGCCUGGCAGACUGCAUCCUUGUAAACAGCAAAUUCACAGCUGGAGUAUUUCAUGAAACAUUCAACUCCCUGCAGCACAUCACACCGGAAGUGUUAUACCCGAUUCCAGACUUCUCUGCCUUUCAGAAACCUAUAGAACAGCUCAGUGAUGAUCAGUUACCUACAGAAAGGAAGCCUCUUUUCCUUUCCAUCAACCGCUAUGAACGAAAGAAGAAUUUAGCUCUAGCAAUCAAAGCUUUUGGCAAGAUGUACUCUGAUUGCAGAAAGGGGCAUCUGGUGAUGGCAGGGGGCUAUGAUGAAAGGGUGCAAGAAAACGUGGAGCACUACCAGGAACUGCGAGAUCUAGCUUGCAAACUUAAUCUUAAUGAUAAUGUAACUUUCUUGCGCUCUGUUUCCGAUGCACAGAAGCGUGCACUGCUGAAGUCAUGUACCUGCCUCUUGUAUACUCCUGAUCGUGAACAUUUUGGAAUUGUGCCUAUUGAGGCUAUGUACAUGCGUUGCCCAGUUAUUGCAAUUGCCAGUGGUGGUCCACUUGAGACUGUUGAAGAUGGAGUCACUGGGUUCCUUUGUCAGCCUACAGAAGAUUCUUUUGCGGAGGCAAUGAGUAAAAUUGCAAGCAGUUCUGAUCUAGUGAAAAAGUUAGGAGAGGCAGGAAGAAAGAGAGUAGAAGAAAAGUUUUCAUUUGAACAGUUCACUGAAAAACUGGAUAAGGUGGUCAAUGGUCUAAUGUCACGCUCAUAGAAGAUGCACUGUUCUGCAUUUAUUGUUUGUCACUAUUGUGUACACAACAGCAAACAGAAAAUAAUUUCAGUUGUGUUCCACAUCACCCAUAUUUAUUGUGCCAUGUAUAUAGUAUGACAUUAACAUAACACUGGGAAAUUUAUGCUUCAUUCAGGUGGUUAUAUUGUGAUUUUAAGAAAUAUAAUAGUUGAGUAAGUAUGAAUAUUUGUUGAUAAAAUGUUAUAACUGGUCUACAGAAAAAAAAUGAAACAAAAAAAAGCUGUGGAACAUUGUGCCUUCUCACAAAUUUAGCAUGCUGCUACAUCUGCUUUGAUUAUUUAAUCAUUCCUCUGCCUUAUGUGUAUAUUGUGUGUGCAUGUUGUUGGCAUGUUUGUGUAUGCAAAGCAAUUUGAAACCUGGUUUCAGGGAUAAAGCAUUAUGUAAGUAUUCAUUGCUACUGUUUAUUAAUUAUAUUUAUGACUAUGGUUAAAAUGGUGAAACCAGCAAAUUGCAAGUAGAUUAUUUAUUGUUUUCCUACACCUGCUGAAUCCUUUUAAAUAAUUAGAGCUCACCAAAUCAGCUAUCACCUGCGUGAAUAUGUCAUUCACUGGUUGAAUACCAUAACAAAAUUACAUAACAAAUUGUCUAACCUGCUUGGAAUAAAAGUUUAAAAAAAAUAGACAUCAUUUUUUGCUGCCAAAAUAACCUUCCAAACUGAUGUGACUAAAUCUAGUGGAGGCUAUAAUUUAAUGCAGCUUUCUUCUCCUGGUUAAUUUUGUGAACAUGGGACUUAAUAAUUUGAAACGUUUUUUGGGUCAAAGUACUUAUAUUUCUCUAUGUUUAUAUAAACUAAUUUUCUUAUGGUCAGAUGUGUGGGCAGUUUAAAGUUUAUUAUGGGGAAUGAAAGUUAGAUUAAAUUGUGGUGUAACUUAUAAAAUGCAUGCUUAACUCUACAUCUUGCCUGCAACUUUCUGCAACACUGUUUAGCACAUUAAUCCCAGUGUAUGGAUCUUCCUAUUAACGUGAACAGUAAUUGAAUUUCUGUAUAUAUAUAUAAAUUAUAUGUUUCAUUUAUAUUGUCACAAUUAGUGUCUCACUCCUUACACUUUACAUUGUCCAGAUCCUUAAUGUUCAGGUACCACAAAUUCCUCAAGGUGUUUGUGAAGUAGUGCUACUUACAAUUUCACAUUUCAACCUGCUGUUAUUUUGCAUUUUUUUCAGAACAUUUUAAGCAAAGUAUUUGUCUUGUAUGGGGAAUAAAAUAACUUCGCGGUUA